AUGUCAGGCCCAAAAGAAGAGGCCAACAAGGAAAAGGAGAUGUGUGGCACAGAGUCACUGAACAGCCAAGGCAACCCAGACUCCAACAGGGAGGAUGACAGAGCUUCUCUCAUCCUCACCCUCUACAAUGUGAGGAAGAUUGAGCUCUCUAAGGCAGCCAAAGUCUUGGAGAUGUUUGAAACUCAAAUCUACCACUUUGAAACCCGUCAAGCCAAAAAGCCCAAGAGCUCCGUGGAUGAUCUGGACAUUUUUGUUGAAUGUGAAGUUCACAGUGCUGAUGUUGGUAUCCUUAUCACCUCCUUAAAGAGAGUAGCAAAGGAUGUGAAAACCAGCAGAGAAGACAAAGUGCCCUGGUUCCCCAGAAAAAUCCAAGAUCUGGACAAAUGUCACCAUCUGAUCACUAAAUAUGAUCCCAGUUUGGACCAUGGUCACCCUGGAUACUCUGACCUGGAGUACAACAAAAGGAGGGCGUUCUUUACUGACCUGGCCUUGAAUUACAGAGCAGGAGACCCUUUACCUCACAUUGAGUACACAGCACAGGAAACAACAACUUGGAGAGAAGUCUACAGGAAGCUGAGGAGCCUUUACCCUACUCACGCCUGUACACAGUACCUGGAUGCUUUCCAGCAGCUCGAGAAGCACUGUGGCUACCGAGAGGAUAACAUCCCUCAGCUUCAGGAGGUCUCCAGAUUUUUAAAAGAGAGAACAGGUUUCCAGCUGAGACCAGCUGCAGGACUGCUGUCUGCUCGUGACUUCCUUGCCAGCCUGGCAUUUCGUGUCUUCCAGUGCACACAGUAUAUAAGGCAUUUCUCUUCCCCUAUGCAUUCCCCAGAACCAGACUGCUGCCAUGAGUUGUUGGGUCAUGUUCCCAUGCUGGCUGACAAGGAGUUUGCCCAGUUCUCACAGGAUAUUGGACUGGCUUCUCUUGGAUCAUCUGAGGAGGAGAUUGAGAAACUGGCUACACUUUACUGGUUCACUGUGGAGUUUGGCCUCUGCAAGCAAAAUGGAUUGAUCAAAGCUUAUGGGGCAGGACUGCUUUCAUCUUAUGGGGAGCUGAAGUACGCUUUGUCAGCGGAGCCAGAGUACAAGCCUUUUGAUCCAGAAGUGGCUGCAGUUCACCCCUAUCAGGAUCAAGCCUUCCAGCCUGUCUAUUUCAUAGCAGAAAAUCUGGAAGAUGCCAAGGUCAAGCUUCAGAACUAUGCAAUGAAGAUCAAGAAGCCUUUUGCUCUGCACUAUGACCCCUUCACCAGCAGCGUGGAGGUUUUGAACACACCAUGGAAAGUCAAGAGGGCACUCCACCAGAUAAAAGAGGAACUGAAAAACUUCUGCUUGGCCCUUGAAAACCUCUCUUAAAACCACAGCAGUACAUUUCACCUGUCAUUGAGAUAUUUGUAGGUGGUGCUAGCACUCAAAGGCUUAGUGAUAGUUGUACUCGCAGGCAGAACUCUUAACUGCACAAACCAGCUCAGUUCAGGUAAACUUUUCACUGUUAAUUUAGGCUGCUGACUUAGACAAAAUGAUAACCUCCUGCUUAGAAUGUUUCAACGACAAACAAGACUUACUCCAGUUUUUGGUAGGUGAUAUGAGCUAUACCUCUUUGCAGCAUAUUUAUGUGUUAUGGGACUCUUACAGGGUUUUUUUUCCUUUCCUUGCCAGCUUUUCAAGUUAUCUGUCACAAAAUAGCAUGGUAACUUUUCAUCCACACAGUGUUGCACUUGCUGCCUUAAUGACAUGGUCACAACCUCUUAGGCUGGCUAGGUGCCUACAGUUAGCACUCCUUGCAGCUAACUCCUUGCUGCUAGCAAUUAGCAUCAGCUAUUGCCCACAAACUAUGAAUGGCUCCCUAAAAAUAUGCCAGUGCAAGAGCUGGUAAGAGGAGCACUUCUGCUCACUAUUUAAGUACUCAUUCAGGAGCCUUGAAAUAUAACAAAAUAAUUUCUUGUCACAUUUAAGAUCACGGAAUAUUUGUACCUUUAUUGAAAAGAAAGACAGAAAAUAAAAGGUCCAAGAUACUCUGGCUCUGUCACAUACAAGGAUGCUUAAUUUGAAUGGGAAAUUUAUCUGCUGGGAAGGAAAUUCUUGUGCAAGGAAAGUUUUGUAAAAAGCCCUUUAGGAUAGGAAGAUGAUGCUCCACACCAGAAGGGUUCCCUCUCCUCUUAGCAGCAGUGGAAGCAGAUGGGGUCGAUGCAGGUUACAGGCAUGGCAUAAGAUGGAAAAUAUGGAUCUCAGGGCUCAAGCUGGGUGGUAGUUAUCUACAAAUGCAAAGGUAGAUUUAUCCUGUGCCGCUUAGAAGCUCUACUUAUUAAUUCAAAAUCGUGUCCAGUACGCAGCUGCCUUGUCCACUGCUACCCACCAGCUGCCAGUGUGCCUGGUCUGAGCUCUGAGGAAAAUGUGAGCUGGUUUGGCUCUUGAUGGAAAAGGAGUUACUGGAAAAUGAGUUACCGUCUCUGCCCGAGCUGCUCGCUGUGGGAUGGGAAC